AUGAUCCCGAUGUUAACAUUGUUGUUGGCCUUCAUUGUUGUGGCGUCUAUGGGCCAGUCUGUCCCAAUAGUCAACACUCCCUUAGGUCCCGUCAGAGGCGUGGUUGUACCGGUCCUCGGACAGGACGUCCUACAAUUCCGUAACAUCCCGUAUGCCAAACCUCCCGUAGGUAAACUCCGAUUUGAGAAGCCUGUUCCCGUAGAACCGUGGACAGACACUCUAGACGGCACUAAAUUUGGACCGUCCUGUAUCCAGGAUACCAACGUUUUGCCAGAGAUGUGGGAUAAGCUAGAAAAUAAGGAAACAUCAGAAGAUUGUUUACAUUUAAAUGUAUAUGUUCCAGAAUCUGCUUCGCCCAAAGUUAAGAAACCGGUAAUGGUCUGGAUUCACUUCGGGGCUUUUGUUGGUGGUUCUGCUGCUCUGUACGAUUCUUCGUACUUUGUUCUGAAAGAUGUAGUAGUAGUGACCAUUCAGUACCGUGUUGGGCUGUUUGGAUUCUUAAGUUCAGGAGAUUCCAAACUUCCAGGCAACUACGGACUCUGGGACAUGAUCGAAGCGUUAAGAUGGGUGAACAAAAGCAUAGCAUCCUUUGGAGGUGAUCCGAACAUGGUUACCAUUUUUGGGGAGUCGGCAGGAGGCUUUGCUGUUUCUUUCUUGUCUCUUAUUCCAUUGACUGAAGGGUUAUUCCAGAGGGCUAUCGCUCAGAGCGGAAGCACAGCAGGUCCUUUAUUUUUAAGCGAGAACCCAAUGAAAAUUACGGAGAAAGUUGGUAGUCAUGUUGGAUGUAUCACCAACUCAUCCAUUGACAACGAGGCUCUUGUAAGUUGUCUGAAGACAAAAUCUGCUGAAGAUUUGCUCAUAGCGCAAUUAGACCCCGCGACUUUGCACUCCGGUGGUUUCUCUAUGUCCGUUCAUCUCUGGCCAGUCGUAGAUGAUGAUCUAAUUGUAAGGAGACCUAUGGAAAGCUUAAAAGAUCCCAGUUCCAAGGAAUUCCAACGCUUUCAAUCUGUGGAUUUGAUAGCAGGAACUACAGACAAUGAAGCUUCGCUGCUUCCGUUUAUACUUUUCCACUUGCAGGAGCCCAUGAACUUCCAACUGUCUGAAGGUAUACCUACCUCUGUGUUGUGUGACCUAUUCGCACCAGCGAUAGCAGACAAGUAUGAAGACAAUACUGUCGUGUCCGACAUGAUAUGUGAAAGAUAUAAGGAGGACAAUUUAGUGGACCAGUCUAGAAGUCUCGCGGCUUUGUACGGUGACUUACAAUUUGUCGCUCCAACAGUGUCUCUUCUUGACUUUCAUUCAGAAGGGAAAACGGAUUCCAACACCUACCAUUACUUGUUCACACAAGAAAUCCACUUUUCCUUUCUUACGCCAAGUUUCCCCUGGUCUAAGGGUGCAGAUCAUGCCGUGGAUUGUCUGUUCAUGUUCGGUCCAUCAGGGAUUAGUGAUGACGAAUCCUUACAAAGUACGGCAGCGAUAUCACUAAGAGACACGGUCGUAUCCUAUUGGACUAACUUCGCCAAAACAGGAAACCCAAAUGGUCCCAGUUUGAUUCCGUGGAAGACAUUCAGUAAUAGAGGGCGCUACUACAUGGAUUUGAAGGUCGAUCCAGAACUAGGUCAAGAUCUUUACCAAGAACGCAUCAAGUUUCUACGGGAAGACAUUCCAAAUAGAAUCCGACAAA